AAAGGAAAAUGCUGCAUUAUGUGAUCAAGUAUUUAGACUUCAAGAAAAAAUAAUAGGUUUAAAAGAAGAAAGAAUAUUUUUACUGAAAAAAGCUUAUCAACUAGAAUCUAGUGCUAAACAUAGCACAGAGUUUACAGAACAAAAUUUUCAUAAAAACCUGACAUCACAAAAUAUUCAAAAAUCAGCUGCUGUGAAAAAAAAAAAUGAUUAUAUUAAUGAAUCUAUUAAAGCCAAAACUAAGAAAAAUGUAAAUCCUACAGUAAAAAGAAAAACAUUAGUACCUGUGCCUGUUGACAGUUCUGGAUUGCCAGUUUUUCCUGUCAACCUUGGUUCAUUGUCUGUGCAUUCCUUAGGUGAAAUAAUAACUGACAGACUUACAUUUCAUGAUGAAGAUUUAAUAUAUCCAGUUGGAUUUUGUAGUACUAGGGUGUAUGGAGGUUUAUCUGAUCCUACUUCCCCAUGUAUUUAUACUUGUAUGAUAUUAGACGGAGGAAAUAUGCCCAUAUUUGAAAUUGCAUCAGACACUGAUUUGGAAACUUCAAUUUCUGGAGAUGAUAUAAAUAUUGUUCAUUCUGAACUUUUGAAAAAAAUUAACCAAGUAGUUGGAGUUGAGGUGGUUAACACAAGAGGAAGAGGAGCAGAUUUUUUUGGAAUAUCUCAUCCAACUGUAAUGAAUCUCCUUCAGAGUUCACCUGGUAUUAAAAAGUGUAUUAAAUAUAAAAUGACUAAAUUUGAAAUUAAUCGUUCUGGUGAACCUUACAUAGAAGAAAAUGAUGCUUCCCUUAGAUUUGAAUCUUUACAAAGAAGUAUAGCUUUUACUAGAAGCCAUUUGGAAGAUAUGGAUCAACAAGAAACAUUAGAUUCGACAACCACAUUAAGGGAUUUAUUAGGAAGUACAUAG